AUGACCUCAGUUGUACUGGUUGACAGUAGUGGAACAGUGGUGGAAUAUGCAACAGCUGUGGAAGACCCACAGCAGGACAAUGAGUUUGAUGUGGACCUGGAGGCAGAGGAAGAAGUUGAGGGUGAAUUUGAAGUUGAAGAGGUAGAGGAUGGAAGAGAGGCUGAGAACUACCACACUGUCAUUGUGGAUGAGGCUCCUGAUGCCAUCUUAACUGGAGAGACUGGUCACACAGCCCAGGUUGUGAUGUAUGGCGGCGAAAUGUACAUAAUGCAGGAAGUGAGCAAUGAGCUGGAUAUGGAGUCAGAAAAGGAAGCAGUUGAGGCGUCUGUCCAUGGCACCAGUAUACACUGUUCUGACAAAACUAUCGAGGCUGCAGAGGCUCUGCUUCACAUGGAUUCACCAUCCAGUGUCAGAGAAGACUGCAGUCCAGAAGCUUUCAUCCCACCUUGUGUAGCGACACCUGACUUCCUCCAUGCUGCCAUGCGCCCGGAUAUUGCAGAGACGGAGGUCGAAAUAUCGACGGAGGACUGCUGCGAAGAUGAUGAUGACGAUGAUGAUGAAGAUAUGGCCAGUCUGAUAGAGGAGCAGGAGGCGGAACAUGACCAUGAGCCCGCCAGGAAGAGAAAAGCUGGACGGAAACUAAAAACACAUCAGUCCUAUACUAACGGCUCAGUUGAUAUCGGUUUGCGGAAGAAAUCAAGAGAAGGCAAAGGGGGAAGCACCAUCUACUUAUGGGAGUUUCUGUUGGACCUCCUGCAGGAUAAGAACACCUGUCCGAGGUACAUUAAGUGGACACAGAGGGAGAAGGGUAUCUUCAAGCUUGUGGACUCCAAGGCUGUCUCCAAGCUGUGGGGCAAACACAAGAACAAGCCAGACAUGAACUAUGAGACCAUGGGACGGGCGCUCCGAUAUUACUACCAGCGUGGCAUCCUCGCCAAAGUAGAAGGCCAGCGUCUGGUUUACCAGUUUAAAGAGAUGCCCAAAAACAUUGUGAUAAUCGACGACGACAAGACAGACAUGUCCGUUGCCCAAGACCCGAUGGAAUCCAAGACGACAGCGUCCUACGAGCGUAUCCUGCAGCCGCCGGACGUCAUGCUGAAGCGCUCCCCCAUGCCCUCCAGAAAGCCCAACAUCCUGCGCGGCGGCAACAGAGGCAAUGUGUGUCAAUCACCUGUCGCCACCGGCAACAACAGUGUGACGGUGGUUGCUUCCAACGUCGACUCGGCAGACUCUGGUCUGAAUCAACAGACAGGUGUCCUUUCCAAUGCUUCUGGGCCCAGGACUGUGCGAGUCGCUAUGCAGGUGCCGGUGGUCAUGACAUCACUGGGUCAGAAAAUCUCAACCGUUGCGAUGCAGCAGCCGGCAGUAAGAACGGGGGCGGCCGGACAUACAACCCUCUUGUCCAGUGCUUCGGCUCUCGGCUCUGCUGGAGGCAACUCUCAACAAAAGGUUGUGAUCCAGACCAUCCCCACCAUGGUCCCUGCCACAGCAGAAAAUGGAGAGAAGAUCACGGUCCAGUUGGCCAAAAUUAUCACAAUCCCAGCUCAUCAGUUAGCUCAGUGCCAACUACAGACGCCCACAGGCGCGGCCAAGCCCGGCGCGGGUGUGCCAACGGCCGGCAUCAGCCUCCUAGGAAGCCCCUUGACAGUCCAGGCACUGGCGCCAGUUAGCGUGGCGUCAGGAGCGCAGGUCAUGAGACUGUCCGUGGCUGCACAGGCGCAACAACAGACUCUGAUGGUGUCGCAGUCGGGAAGCGGCGGUGGAGUCACUGUGUCGGCGGCCGAUGAGGCCGUGACGGCGCAGCCACGGGUAAUUGGCGGGAUUUUUAACGGCGCUGAGGUGGUAGUGGGAGGGGACGAGCUCAAGGGGGUCCAAGUCCAACCUGCGCAAGUGGCCAUCCCGCAGAAUGAAGAGAACACCAAAAGCGUCUCGUCGGACGCGGCUGAUCCCGACGUGCAAACCAAACUGGAGACCCCUGCGGCAGUAAAAAUUGAAGAGCCCGAGUGUUGA